UUUUGACAACGAAAAACUACGUUUACAAAUUAUAAAUUGCUGUUCUAUAGAGAUAUCAGAAAACGAUAUAUUACCUAAAUUAAUAUGUAUAGAGUGUAUUACAAAAUUAGAAGCUUUUCACGAAUUUAGAAAAGAAUGUAAAAAAUCUGAUAAUGCAUUACGUGAAUAUUAUAAUAUGGAAUUAAAUGUUGGGUUUAAUUUAAACAAUAUUAAAAUAUAUCAGGAUAUUUAUGUACAAACGGACAUAACAAAUGCAACAUUUUUUCAAAGAAUGGAAAAGCCUUCUUUAUCCACGCAAGUUAAAAAAAUAGAAAAACAAAAUAAUUUCAAUAUGUAUUUUAAUACUAACGAUGAUCAUAAUCAAGAUGACAAUGCAAUAAUUAGCUCUAAGUAUUUAGAUCAUGUAGUUUCAAAUAGUUCUGAUAGUCAGAAUUCUUUUGAAACUAAUGAUAAGCCACAAUUACAAUACAAGUGGACAGCAAGUAUGAGAGACUUAGAAACUGUCGGUAUAAGAAAAAGCAAUCGUUUAAAAAAUAGACAGAUUUCUACAUGUAAUCUUUGUAAAACAGAAUAUACAUCUAGAAAAGCAUUACUCGAGCAUACCAAACUUCAUAUCAAUGAAAAAAAUAUCAAGCAAAAAUGCAGUAGAAUAUUUAAGUGUGAAAUAUGCAAUAUGUCAUUUAAUAAAAAACUCAAACUCAAUUUGCACUUGCGCAUACAUGGUAAAGUACCAUCUAUAAAAAAUAAAAAACAAUAUUUAUGCGAUGUUUGUAGUAAAACUUUUGUAUCUAAAUCUGGAUUACAAAGGCAUCUAAAAACUCACAAUGAUUCCAAACCAUAUGCUUGUGAAUUUUGCAAUAAAACUUUUAUUAUACUCAGUUACAAAAAGAGACACGAAAAAACACAUAACGGCAAUAAAGAUUUUGUAUGCCAUAUUUGCAGUGCAGCAUAUGCAUCUCCUAAUGGAUUCAAGUAUCAUUUAAGACUUCAUACGGGAGAAGCUAAUUAUCCUUGCGAGGUAUGUGGUAAAUCUUUCAGAAGAAAAAGAUACUUAAAGGAACAUACUUUUACUCAUACAGGAGAGAAACCAUUUGUCUGCAAAAUAUGCGGAUCAGCUUAUGCUAAUUCUGGUACUCUUUUUGUACAUGAGAAAAAAUGCAAAUUUAGACUUACUCGUGAUAAUACUGUAUCUAUGAGGAAGGAAGAACUCAAAUGAAACUUGAAAAAGUUUUAAAUAUUACAUAAUUUCCUAAGUACCUGAAUUUUAUAGUUAAUAUGUGUCUUCCAAGGUUGUUCUUUGUCUAAUUUAUCAAAUAUCUAAAAUGUAUUCAAUUUAUUUAAAUUAAAAAUACUUAUAUAUAUAUACAUUUAUAUAUAUUACAUAUAUAUAUAUUUACUUUCACUCUGAUCCUGUUUGUAACUUUGUAUUAAGUUCGAUUAUAUCGUCUGGCAUCGCAUGCAUUCAGCUAUACAAUAAAUUUAUUUACAAUGGACUUAAUACAAUUCUUUGGUAUUAGAAUAGCGAAGAAUUGAAUGUCUUGCAAAUUACAUAAAAUAAAUAAAUAUUUCAAGUUUUUGCAAGUACGUGAAAAUAAUAUUAACGUUGUCGCCUAUUGAAUUCUGACAUUCAAUUUUGCGAAAAAAAAUGAAAGAAAGGCUGCUAAUAUCAUAAUUAGUUGGCCCUUAAUAGCAAAAUCGAUUAAAGGUAGAAAAUGAAUCCAAGAAAAUUAUCGGCAGUUCUGUUUUCUUUGUAUCGCCAUUUCUGAGGAAGCGAUAGCCAUCCAUUCAUUCGUGUUAGAUUUAAACCAACACUGAAGGCCAUAUUGUUCUGAUAGGACAAUGCGUCGGUUGCAUUUCCGGAAUAACCGGAAACACGGAGCUUAUAACCGGAUUCUUCGGUAUCAACAUUGAAGUAUUCAUAUUCUGCGUGCCAAUGUGUACCAUAUAUAUCCAUCAGAUCGAUUUUCAACCUGCUGCAAUUGUCUCGGGUACGAUCGAAUUCGAUCAUACCGUCGAUGCGUCUUGAGAUAACGAUCCAUCCCUUAUGACACGAGGCUAGUAACGGUGCACCUGGACCAGGUGCAAGGAGAGUAAGGCCAUCUCUUUCGUCGCAAUUACCUGGUAAGGCAUCGACGAUCAAGCGAUACUGAUCUUCCACCUGCUCAAGCUCUAUCCGAUCCAUUACCAUCGACCUUGUCCUCCAAUGUCUGUACAGUUUCAAACAAUUCAACCAUCGUUUCGCUAAGUUUACUGGUCGAGGACAAUUCUUUACUCAUAUUUUUCAAAAGUAGAGAUAAUUGUUCCUGAGCGGUCUCCAAAUUAGCUACACGACUAUUCAAAUUUAUGAGACGUUCCUCUAUACGAUGUACCAAAGGUCUCGAAUAGCUAUGCCUUUUCCUAUUUUCGUGCAGCACUUCAUUUUUGAUUUCAUUGUCUUUGCGUAACUUGUCCUCGUGUCGAUGAACGGAAAACCGAUGGGAUCUGUGCUCGUUUGGUGUGUCGCAUUUCAAUGAUUUCAAUUCGAUCUGCAUAGUACCGAUCUAAACAAACAAAAAGAAACUAAAUUAAUUAGAUAAUUAAAUAUUGCAAAUAUAUAAGUGAAAGAUAAAGAGAAAUACGAUGAUGAAUCGAGUGGAAGUGUUCGAAAAAAGAGAUGAGAAUGAUUAUUGGAAUGCCCAAAAAGAAAAAGGAAAAAAAAAAGGAAAGGAAUACGAAACAUCUGCUUUUGUCGAAAGAGCGCAACGAACCACGACACAUACUGGGCCUACGUGGUAUUUAUUAACAUGGGUGGAACGAAGAGGGCAUCGCAAGUGAAGGGCCUGUAGAGAGGGAGGAGAGAGGGGUCGAUGCUGCCAAACGAAUGGAACGCCGGAAUGAAGGGGGCCGAUAUAGCGAGGAGCCAACGGCGGCAGCUGCCGGCCGGUAAAACGAGAAACAGAAAUGGGGAGCCACCGGUUGCCGGCUGUACGAACACGGCAGGUGCGGGACAGCUUGCUGGCACGUUCCUUCAUAGCUGUGAUGUCGAUGCGAAUUGUCCCCAGGGCAGCUUCGAACUUGGCAAUGCGACCACCAAGAUUACGAAUGCCUCUUCCUACCUCGGCAACGUCACCCUUCAAAAGGGAUAGCUCGCUUCGCAUCCUUGAUCUUUCUGCUAAUUCCUCACUGGCAUUUCUUGUUCUUAGAACUUCGGCGACUUCGCUCUGCAACUCGGUUACUGCACUACCUAACCAUCUCACCCUCAAACGCUCGUUUUUCGCCUCGUUGCCACUUCCGCCUCUUAGCUCAUUUACUUCUUUUCUGUAACGACCGUAACAAUAGAAAAUAGAAUUGAUUUUUCUUGGUAUCAAUUUGUUAGUUAAAUUUUCUUAAAUUAUCUCUCUCCCUCUUUUUCGUUUCAUCUCUAUCUCUAUUUCUAGUGAGUUGAACGCUUUCUGAAUUCAUCGAGCAUGCAUGUUUCAUUAGAAAACUUAGUACGCAGACGAGUUAAAGAUUAAUGAGUAUAAGAGGUCAUUGCUAUCUAUAGAAAGGUUUAUCGGGGGAUGUUUGUUUUUUUUUUUUGUUAUUAUUGUUUGACAACGCACACGUAUCGAUUUGUAUGAAUUUUCUUUUCUCUCUUUCUUUUUUUUUUUUUUUUUUUUUUUUAUUACAUAAAUAUACGAACUUACACCAUAUAAGAAAAUAAAAAAUCAACAAGGUGGUAGCUUGCUUGCUUGGUUGUCCGCGCGUGCUAUCGAUCGUACGAGAAUUGAAAAGAGUUACGAUCACAAAAAGAAAAGAAAAAGUAGAAAAAAUAUAGAAGAAAAAAAAAAAGAAAAAAAAAGAAUGGAAAGGUCUGUUUCUCA